GUAGGUCAUGAAGAAAAUAAUCAAUACAACUGUAGCAGAUAUAGACAGUAUAGGCUAAAUAGUAUAACAGGUAUGAAAAAGAUAUUGAAAGUGUAACUAGAUUAUACGAUUUAAAUAUAUUUCAUAUUUUUAAAUCUAUUAUUAUUACCAUGGAUUUAUUCAUUGCUUUAAGUUUGUUUAAUCGGCAAAAAUAUGAAGCUUGUGUAACUAAAUGUACAGAAUUAUUGAAAAAAAAUCCAUUAGAUCAAGCAAUAUGGGUUUUAAAAAUGCGUGCUUUAACAUUACAAGUUUAUGUUGAUGACAUAGAAAGUGAAGAAGAAGGAAUUGCAGAAGGUUUGUUAGAUAAUUAUACAAUGACUACAAUGCCUAGACCAGGUACAUCUUUAAAAAAUCCUGGAACUGCCCGAAUUGAACAUGGAAUCCGUCCUAAAACUCAGUCAGGUAGACCUGUUACUGGAGUUGUAAGACCUGCUACACAAUCAGCAAUAUCACAAACAAUGGAACAAGCAUUAAGAAUGCCGAGAACAGCAGCUACAGCAAGACCUAUUACUGCUAUUUCUGGGCGAAAUGUCAGACUUGGAACUGCAUCUAUGUUAACAGAACCCGGUGGCCCUUUUAUACAAUUAUCACGUUUAAAUAUAUCCAAAUAUGCAAAUCAACCUAGCAUUGCAAAACCUUUGUUUGAAUACAUUUAUUACCAUGAGCAUGAUGCCAGAUAUGCUCUUGACUUAGCAGUACAAGCAACACAAGCUUGUCAAUAUAAGGAUUGGUGGUGGAAAGUACAAUUAGGGAAAUGUUAUUAUACUUUAGGUUUAAUGAGAGAUGCAGAACAACAAUUUAGAUCAGCCUUACGUGAUUGUAAAGCCAUUGAAACGACUAUAAGAUUAAUUAGAGUAUAUAUUAGAUUAGACCAACCAUUGGCUGCUUUAGAUAUAUGUAAAGGUGGUCUAGAGUAUUUUCCAAAUGAUGUUACUAUACUUGUUGAAAUGGGACGUAUUUUUGAAGGCUUAAAUAACAUGUCAAUGUCGAUGAAAUAUUAUAAAUUGAUAGCUCAAGAAGAUGCUUCUCAUACAGAAGCAAUCGCAAGUAUUGGAAUGCAUCAUUUUUAUAAUGAUCAACCAGAACUGGCUUUACGCUUUUACAGAAGAUUACUACAAAUGGGUGUUUAUAAUACUGAAUUAUUUAAUAAUCUUGGAUUGUGUUGCUUUUAUGCACAACAAUAUGAUCAUACAAUAUCAUGCUUUGAAAGGGCCUUGAGCCUUGCCAAUGAUGAAAACAAAGCUGAUAUUUGGUACAAUAUUUCUCAUAUUGCAAUUAGCUUAGGUGAUUUAGAGAUGGCAGAAGAAUGUUUAAAACUUGCUAUUGCAGUUGACAAUAGACAUGCAUUGGCAUAUAAUAAUCUUGGUGUGAUACAAAUGAAAAAUGGUAAUGUUACAACUGCAAGAACUUAUUUCCAUGCAGCAGCCACUAUUGCAAAUUACAUACACGAGCCACAUUUUAAUAGUGCACAUUUAGCAUAUAAGUUAGGAGAUCUUCAAACAAGUUAUAUUGCAAUACAAAAAUCAUUAAAUGUAUAUCCAGGACACUCUGAUAGUAUUAAUCUUCUUAAAAAAUUGGAACAAUAUUUUUGUUAUAUUUAAGGUAACUUAUAUUUUAUUCUACUAGAAUUUUAUAAUACAAAAAAGUGUGUAUUUAUAAAUGUUAAAUGAGCAAAAAUGUGAAAAACAU